GGAGCCGGCUGUCCAUUCGGCGCUUGCGCACUGAGCGCACGCAGCUCCGGGGACCGAAGAGGCAGGACAUGACACAAGUGGCACAUCACAGCCAUGGGGUCUCAGCAUUCCGCCACUGCUCGCCCCCUCUCCUGCAAGCAAAAGCAAGAAGAUGACAGGGAGGAGUUUCUGGCUGAACGAGAGCAGGAAGAAGCUAUUGCUCAGUUCCCAUAUGUGGAGUUCACUGGGAGAGAUAGCAUCACCUGUCUCACCUGUCAAGGGACAGGCUGUAUUCCCACAGAGCAAGUAAAUGAGUUGGUGGCUUUGAUCCCACACAGUGAUCAGAGAUUGCGCCCUCAGAGAACUAAGCAGUAUGUCCUCCUGUCCAUCCUGCUCUGUCUCCUGGCAUCUGGUUUGGUGGUUUUCUUCCUGUUUCCACAUUCAGUCCUUGUGGAUGAUGGCGGGGUCAAAGUGGUGAAAGUCACAUUUAAUGAACAGGACGCCCUUAUAAUCCUCACCAUGACGGCCACUCUGAAGAUCAGGAACUCCAACUUCUACCCCGUGACAGUGACCAGCCUGUCCAGCCAGUUUCAGUACAUGAACACAGUGAUUGGCACAUAUGUGGCAACUAACGUCUCCCUCAUUCCACCUCGGAGUGAGCAACUGGUGAAUUUUACUGGGAAGGCCGAGAUGGGAAGACCAUUUUCCUAUGUGUACUUCUUCUGCACGUUACCUGACAUCCUGGUACACAACAUAGUGAUCUUCAUGCGUACAUCGGUGAAGAUUUCAUACAUUGGCCACAUGACCCAGAGCUCCUUGGAAACACAUCACUAUGUGGAUUGUGGAGGAAAUUCCACAGCUGUUUAGCACCUGCUUGUGGUUCUUCCACGGCAGCACCUGUAGAAGAGAGCACAGCAUCUGUUCCUGAGUUCUGAGUUCUGUACCAUCCCCAGGUGGUAUGAACAGAGGAGGAAUUGGUUCUCUUAACUCCCAGCAAACAUCCUCCUGCCACUUAGGAAAAAACCUCUCUGCAGUACCAUUUACGUUUCUCACAACCAGCAGAGUCACUGCCCAGGGCCUAGCCUGUGCCCAGCAAAUAGGAGGCAUUCAAUAAAGGUUUGCAGAGUUUAAUUCAGUUAUUUUCAGCUGUUCUUCAGACAUUAUAAAUGAGAGUCACACCAUGGUUCUAGGUUAUCUAACCAUGGAGUGACAUGGAAAUAGGACUGUUAAUGCAGCUGUAGCCUAUUGUCGGUGUCCCAUCUGUGCAGAAGUGGCAGCAGAGGGGACCGUCAGAAUACCUAGAAGAAGAAAGCACAGAUCCAUUAGUAUGUGAAUUUGUUUCAUCUGUUCCCAAAUGGCUGGGAGCUUUUUUAAAAUGAAAAAAAAAGAAAAAAGCUUUUUGGUGGUUUUUGUUUUGUUUUGUUUUGACCCAGAAUCUAUGUGGGGCUUGAUUUACCCUUCAUCCAUUGGCUGGAACAUGGAUUGGGGAUUUGAUAGAAAAAUAAACUCUGCUUUUGCUUCA